AGAGCGGUACCUUUCGCCUCCUCUGCUUUGUAUUAGUUGGUAGCAGAUCAGGCUGUUGUUGCAGGAAGCUGCUUUUAUUUCUAUGCUCCGUCGAUCAACUGUUUCCCCCGCAGUCUCUGCCGAAAUUCAGCGGGUGUCACCCUCUUCUCUGUCUCCCCCUCCCUCCUCCUGCCUCUCUGUCUCUCCUGCAUGCCGUCUGUCUAGCCAGAAACCCAAGGAGAAGGCUGAUCAUGGCAGCUCCAUCUAAUACAAACAGCUGGGACUCUUCGGUGGCCUUUGCUGAUGUCUAUUGAUUUAAGUAAAUCUGAGACAGAUAAAAGGGGCAGGUCGGGGCCGAUAAAAUCUUACCAAUGCUUCGCGGCUCGAAACAGUGUGUGCUCUGCAACUUCGGAGUGCUGCUAGCAAGACGGCUUUAAUGGGACCCUUGGUGCCAUUUGCUCCAAGCCUUCAUCUCCCCGGCAGACUAAGCGCUGCUGCCACCAUGCCACAAUGGUUAUAAUUUGGAUCUUGUUCCUGACUUUGUUGCAGGAGCCGUGGGCCCCGGGGAAGGCCACCGGUGCCCUCCCGAGCCACCCCCGGCAGUGCCGGGAUGCGGGGGGCCGCGGCGGCGUCUACGAGCACCUCGGGGGAGCGCCCCGGCGAAGGAAGCUCUACUGUGCCACCAAGUACCACCUCCAGAUCCACCCCAGCGGCAGGAUCAACGGCACCCUGGAGAAAAACAGCGUCUACAGUAUUCUUGAAAUAACUGCUGUUGAUGUUGGAAUCGUUGCCAUCAAGGGGUUGUUCUCUGGCAGAUAUCUGGCCAUGAGCAAAAGGGGCAGACUUUAUGCAUCAGAAAAUUAUAAUGCAGAGUGUGAAUUUGUGGAGAGGAUCCAUGAAUUGGGUUACAAUACUUACGCAUCCCGUCUCUACCGAACUGUACCUAACAGAGCAGGCACUAAGCGCAAAGCCAGUGCAGAGAGACUCUGGUAUGUCUCAAUCAACGGGAAAGGACGACCUAGAAGGGGCUUUAAAACUCGCAGAACACAGAAGUCCUCUCUCUUUCUGCCCAGAGUAUUAGAUAACAAAGACCAUGAGAUGGUCCGACUGUUCCACGCAAACGUGAAGUAUCGAGAGAGUCUCCUGAAGCCCCCAUACAGGAACCAGCGAAGAAGGAGAGGACACUGAUGGGGAUGGAGGAAUCCUCUAUGGGGCUGGAAGUGACUGAGAGUCUUCAAAACACUACUAAAAACCUAACAGCUAUGAUUUUAUGAAAAGCAUUAACACAGACAGGUUUUAUGAACUGUAUAUUUGACAGUCACAUCACUUACUUUAGCUAUUGUAGAAUUAUUAUCUGUGGUAAAAGAGACAUGAGAUAAACUAAGGCACGUUCAAAUGUAUAUUAGUUGGAUGCAAUAAUUUUGUCAAUGACUUUCACAUUUUCUUUUCUAAAAAAAAAAAUCCAACAAAACUAUUUUCAUUACUAGUAUUUUCAUUCUAACUUUCCAGAGGGUAUUAUCUUAGUGACCCUGUCCUCCUAGAGCAUAUGGAUGUUUCACACUUAACAAUUUUGUGUCCACAGAGAGGAUAUAUCACUUUCAUGGCUGUUUUAGCAGUUCCUCAAGAAAGGCUACAUUCUUAUUUUUAUGGAAUACAGGAGUUAGAAAACUGGUUUAUUUUUUAACAUACAUAUAUUUAGUUUAUGACCAGCUGGUAUCAUAGAAUCACAGACUGGUUUGUGUUGGAA